AUGACAAAACAAACAAUACAAUUUAAAAAAACCAAUGUUAAUAAUAAUGAAAGUGGUGGACCACUAGAAUUAAGUAUCGAAACUUGCCAAUUUCCUACUAAGGAAGGGUCAAAAGCAGUGACAAAAAUUUUUUUCGUUGCUAACCCUAACGAAAGCGGACGGCAAGAUUUAAAAACAACUCUCGCAAGUGCUAAUGAAACUUUUCAAUUGGAGUAUGAUGAUGAGGAAGUUGAGGUAGAAAAAAACGAAUCAGGGAUGGAGAUGAAAUCAUCAUCGGAACCAGCCACAGCCAGUGUUAGAAAUAAGAUAACACAUAAACUAAACGCCGACAACCGAGAAUUAAGAAUAUUUGAACUUAAUUUAAUUACCAUUACUCCCCAAACGGAAAGUUCCUCGGGGCAAAAUACACUUAUAAUUUCUAAAUCUAAACCAACGGAAAAUACGGAUAAUGUGGCAGGAAGAAUUUCUUCGGCAGACACAGGAAAUCAAGGCAAUAGGGAAAGCAAAACCAAUGAUAAUAAUUCCUCAGAAACGGAAAAUACCAGCGGAACUGGUGGCAAUGGCAGCAAUAAUACUCAAACAACCAAAAACAGUGCUAUCUCAGAAAUUACUACACUGCUGAACCAAGACCCAAAAGAAGACGAAAUUAAUAACUUAAAAGAUAGAAUCGCGGCUGUCAUUAAAGCGAAAAGAGAACAAAAACAAACCGACGCCAAAUUAGAAGAAAACUUACGAAAAGCCAACCAACCUACUGCUACUAUCGACGAUAAAAAAGAGGCCAUAACCGAAAUUGACAAAAGCGAAGGACAACAAUCAUAUGAAGAAAAAAAACCAGAAACCGCAAAAAUUAAAGAGGAAAUCGCCCAAAAUAAUAUCGUUGAGUAUCAGGAUAAAGUUAUCUCGUCCAUUGCCAGCAAAUUAACCACUAAUGAAGUUAAAGAAAAUGAGUUAGAUGCCGAAACCCAACGAGAAGUCAAAGAUUUAAGAGACAAAAAAAUUGUUGAACCAGAAAAAUUGGUCGCGGCGGAAAUGCGAAUUGCUGAAAAAAUUGGGAAAAAGGGUGCCGAAGUAAAAGUAAACAAAUUAACUCAGCAAGCCGAAGAAGCCUUAAAAUCGAAAAAUACCGCGGAAAUAGAAAGAUUAAAAAAAGAAUUAUUAAUUUUUAUUAGUAGCAGUAAUGUUUAUAACCAGACUCAGAAAUCCAAGGCGGAAGAAUUAAUUAGUAAAUUAGAAAAAGCCAAGAAAACCAAAACAACUGCCAAAAAAGCUACUCAAAAAGUUAAACAGACUGCCAAAAAAGGCAAGAAAAAAACCGAUGAAAUUCGCCAGAGUUCCACCUGA